AUGGUUUCAUUUCAGAAACCUCCAUCAACAGUAAGGAUCUUCGAUCGCAACGAUUAUUACAGCGUUCAUGGAAUCGACGCCACAACAGCGGCUCGGGAGGUUUUCUCCUCCAUAUCCAAUAUUAAGAAGAUGGGCAUCGAACCCGAACGGUUAGACUACCUCGUGCUGUCCAAAGGAAACUUUGAAAUACUCAUUAGAAAGCUUUUACUGGUAAAGCGGUAUAGAGUGGAAAUAUAUGUCCCAGAAGGAUCAUCAAAGAACAGUGAAUGGCGCCUCGAGUACAAAGGCUCGCCCGGUAACCUCACGCAGUUGGAAGAAGUGCUGGGUGAGGGUCUGGGUGCUAGCAAUGAAAAUGCGCCAUGUUUGAUGGCGGUUAGUUUUAAAACGGAUGCCGUAACAAAGGGUCGCCUUGUUGGCGUCGCUUGUGUAACGGCCGCUGACUAUCAAUUCGCGAUAUCUGAAUUCGCAGACGACGACUUGCUAACUGAGCUCGAGACUAUCACAGUGCAAAUGGCGCCGACGGAGUGCCUCGUUAUUCAAGGAGAUAAUGACGAUCAAAAAGCUCUAAAGAAAGUUAUGGAAAGGACAAAUGUGACAGUGACAAAGCUGAAAAAGUCUGAUUUCUCCACCGAGGGCCUUAUCCAGGACCUAAAUCGAUUGUUAAAGUUCAAGGAGAAUCAGCAACAAGAUGCGAAUGUUUUUCCUGAGACUGGCAAACAAGUGGCUAUGUCGAGUCUGGCUGCAGCUAUAAGAUAUACGACAUUGUUAAACGAUAGUAGUAAUUUUGGAAGAUUUCAUCUCAGCACCAUUCAAUCAGAUGGCUUCCUUCAUCUGGAUGCAGCAGCAUUAUCAGCGUUAAACGUUCUCCCUGAGUUGGGCGACACGUCGCAUUGUCCAUCGCGCAGUUUGUUUGGAUUGUUAGACAGAUGUCGCACUCAGCAAGGAAAACGUUUGCUAGCACAGUGGCUACGCCAGCCAUUAAGGGACAUAAAUCUUAUAAACGAACGUCUCGACAUCAUAGAGGUGUUAUUAAACAAUUCUCAGCUGAGGUUACAACUACAUGAGGACCAUUUGAGACGUAUUUCCGAUCUCCAAGCUUUGGCUAGAAGACUUACAAGAAAGAAGGCCAAUUUGCAGGAUUGUUACAAAAUUUACCAGGCGAUAGACAGGCUGCCAUCACUUCUCCAGUGCCUGGGUCAGGCAGAAAGUGCUACAGUGCAUUCAUCUCUAGCAGAACCUAUAUCAGAACUCCAUGGAGAUCUCGAUAAGUUCCAGCAGAUGAUCGAAACUACAGUUGACAUGGAUGCUGUUGACAGAGGCGAGUUUUUAGUGAAACCAUCAUUUGAUGAACAGUUGCAAAACUUGCGGGAACAGUUGGACAGGUUGCAGUCAAUGGCGGAGAAGGAACUACGCGCAGCAGCUGAUAAUCUUGGCCUUGAAGCAGGGAAGAAUAUUAAAUUAGAAAAUAAUCCACAGAAUGGGUUUUAUUUCAGAAUAACAAUUAAAGAGGAGCAAACAAUUCGAGGCAACAAAAAGUAUACAAUAAUUGACACUGCUAAGGGAGGUGUUCGUUUCAAAACCAAUGCAUUGGAUUGUGUGACUGAGGAAUAUGUACAAACAAAGGAAGCUUAUGAGAAAGAACAGGAUAAAGUGGUCAGCGAAAUAAUUAAUAUUGCAACUGGAUAUUCCGAGUGCUUGUUUAGCCUCUCUCACAUGCUGUCCCGACUUGACGUCUUAGUGUCAUUUGCCGUGGCGGCCUCCACAGCGCCAUAUCCUUACUGCCGACCAGUUAUUACAGAGAGCUUGGAAGAAUUCAUAUUAAAAGAUGUCAGACAUCCAUGUUUAGAAGUCCAAGAGGGAGUGUCUUAUAUACCAAAUGAUGUUGAAUUUAAACGAGGUUCGUGUGUGAUGCACAUAGUGACUGGCGCGAACAUGGGCGGCAAGUCGACGUGGAUGCGCUCUUGCGGCGCGGCGGCUGUGUUGGCGCACGCGGGCUGCGCGGUGCCGGCGCGACUCGCAGUCCUGCCGCGUCUGCGAGCCGUGCGCGCGCGCCUCGGUGCCGCCGACCGCGAGCAGCAAGGACAGAGCACCUUCAUGCUGGAGAUGCUCGAGACCGCGGCUAUACUGCGGAGGCCGCGCCUUCGGGCCGUGCGCGCGCGCCUCGGUGCCGCCGACCGCGAGCAGCAAGGACAGACCACCUUCAUGCUGGAGAUGCUCGAGACCGCGGCUAUACUGCGGGCUGCCACUCCUGACUCUCUGGUGUUAAUUGAUGAAUUAGGACGGGGAACAUCUACAUACGAAGGUUGUGGCAUCGCUUGGGCUAUCGCUGAGAAGUUGGCAACGGAGUCGAAAUGCUUUUGCCUAUUCGCGACGCACUAUCAUGAACUCACCCGCCUGCCCAGCCUGCAUCCUGGGGUCAUAGUGAAUUCUCAUGCAGAGGCGUCAGUGGUUAAUGAUCAAUUGGUCCUUCUUCACAAAAUCGUCCCGGGACCCGCUACUCACUCCCUGGGACUUCACGUGGCCAAAUUGGCUGAUUUACCUGAAUCUAUUAUAAAGUAUGCUGAGGAGAAACAAGCUCAACUCGAAACAAAUUUAUUUGAAGUGGAAGCUUCUGUAGAAGCGCAAGAAACUACAGAAGGUCAAAAAAUUAUAUUGGAUUUCUUACGUAAAUGCAAGCUGAUACAAGAAACGAUCGAGUCGGAUGAAAAUAUGAUGAUUGAGAUAAAUAAAUUGAAACAAGAGUUGCUGCAGCAGAACAGUAAAUACGUGCAGUCACUUAUGUCGUGUUGA